UUCAAUUUAUGUUGUUUUUUUUUCAUAAAGUUACAAGCUCCUAAUUUAUCCUUAUAAAGAACUUAAUGAUGGCGGUUGGUGAUUUGUCAAAAUAUUUUUAGUAAACAAUGGUGUCUAAUUGUGAGAUUUGAAUAAAAUGGAUUGGAUACAUUGUAAUAAAUGUUUCGUGCAGUUAGAACAAGGAAUUUUUUUGCACCUCACAUCAUGCGGUCAUAUGUUUUGCAACAAAUGCCUGGAAAAUGGUAUAUCGCAAAAUACUUGUUUUGUAUGUCGAGUUCCAUGUACUACUAUGAAAUUAGUACCUGAUAUGAAUUCCGAUGUACAAGAUUACUUUACUGAUCCAGAAGAAAUUAUUAAAAAGUCAUGGGAAGUAUUGCGCUUUCAAAAACAACACAGAAGAAGGUUAUUAUCAUACUUAUUACAAUCGACUAAAAAGUUUUAUACUGCACGUACGGAGCUCAAACGUAUGCAAGAAUUAUGUCAGAAACAACAUAAACAGAUGAAAGAGUACCAGAAGCUCAUAAAACAUUUGGAAUCAAAACUCGUUAAUCAGACAAAACAACUAUCGCCAUUCAACGUACCAAUAUCUCCAAGCAGCAAUCUAUCUCCUGGCUUCCUUCAAUCCACGCCUACAUACAAGCGUGCAGCAAAAAGCACUCCAUACAGCCAAACUUAUCAAUCGAACCUCGUGACCCCUUCAAGGAUAAGCAGGAAUAGAUCUAGCAGUAGCGCACACAGUCAGAGAUCCAGCACAUCGAAUAGGAUAUCAUCGACGGUGUUUACCCCGCCAACGCAGGAGUCGGCCGGGAAUCAAAAUUACGAUUCUGGUUACUACUCUAACGGUAGUUUCACAGACAGCCUGCCUAAGAAAUGUUGCAUACUGCAGGGACUUCAUUGGAAAAAGUUUAUUUAGUAUUUAUCUCAACUAUUAAGCUAAUAAUUGAUUUUUGUUU